AUGUUUUAUUUACGGUUCACGGUUACGUUAGGGGAAAUAAAAUACUGGUGUCGCACUGUGUGGUAUGAUUUAAUCCCAGUACUUGAUCACGCCGUCCCAGCCCGCCGUCAGCAAGCGGCUGGGUUCGUGGGGGUGCCAGAGGGAGGCGAUGCAGACCCCGUCGUGUGCUUUCCACUUCUUAUAGAGUUUCGUCGUUUUCCAAUCCCAAAUGUAGCAUUUUCCGUCGGCGUCGCCCGACACUAG